UUGUAUUGUAUGUGCGUGCAGUACACGCUCGAUGGCUGCCGCCCUUCAAGUGUUCGUCGCUGUCGUCCUGAUGGCGUCCGCUCUUGUGUCGGCAGAGAUCGGUAAGAAGGAGUGCACCGAUGUGAAUUACGACUGCAACCGUUUCCCAGGUUCCCGAAAGUGCGGAGACUCGUGCCGGGACAAGGCCCGCGCCGAGGGCAGCAGCAACUACGCGUCAGCAUGCGAGCCUGCCGUCGCGCCCUUCAAGUGCUGCUGCACCGUCAAGGACCCACACCACCCCUGGCCUCCAAGCUCCUCCUCCAAGACCAACGCCUAAUAAAUAUGUCCAGUCCAAACAUUAUAUUUAGAUAGCAUGCAUAUAGUGUGCCUGCUGCUAUAUAUAUAUGUCAUCGAAUUAAUAAUGAAGAUGGGGUGGUUUAAUUAUAUUCCACUAUACCAUGACAUAAAAUUAGCGACAAACAUUUGUCGGUAAAAAUAGGCUUUUGGCGACAGCCAGUCUGUCGCAACAUAAUACCAUCACAGCAUCCGUCGGCAUAUAGUAUUUUGGUGUC